GUGGCCGUGGCUAGUUCCGUUUCCACCAAAACAGGAAGUUUUCAGAGCUUGCAGGCUAUCUAGCUUGCUGGGUACAUAUGGAAAUUGUCAUGGUUUAGUAAAUUUUUUAACCUCGUGGGCAACCUGUCUGUGUAACAAGUGACGCAGGGUUUGCUCAUUUGUAAUUCAAACCAGACACCGCCGUAACAUGAAGUUAUGGAGGAGCGAAAACUAAAGAGAAAGAGUCCCAGGACCCCCACAAACACGGCCGCUCCGACCGGUGGGUCUGGUCGGAAGAACAGCGCUUCAUCCGGUGGACGGCACGUCUGCUACAGCCAUAACAUGGGUACUCAGUCCAGCCAAAAGAGCAAGAACAGGAGGGUAGUUAAAGAUAAACCCAAAUAUCAAAUGGGUUCGGGUGGUAAAACUAAUCCGAACCAGGGCCAGGCAGCAACUACCAUCCAGCACUCCUUUCUGACCGAUGUUUCAGACGUACAGGAGAUGGAGAAAGGGCUCCUCAGCCUCCUCAAUGACUUCCACUCAGGGGCACUACAAGCAUUUGGCAAUGAGUGCUCCAUCAGCCAGAUGGAGCACGUGAGAGAGAUGCAGGAGAAGCUGGCACGUAAGCACUUUGACCUCUACAGUGAGGUGGAUGAAAUGCCUGAAGACCAGAGAAAAAUGGCCUGUGACACCAACAUGGACAAAUUACUUCUAAAUCUUGAGGAGCUCAGUCUGUCUAUUCAGAAACUGAAUCUAGCUGACAGCCAAGAGAUCCCAAGGACUGUCAGCAUGUGAUCCUCACUCUCCACUUUAUCUGACCCAACAGUUUAUUUUCUGCCACCUUGAGAGGCUGCAACAGAUAGAAGAAAGCUUGUAGGCACUUUUUCUGUUAAGUAUUAUGGCAAAAACUGUUCACCAGCAUUCCCUGUCUGCACGGGGGGAUGGAUGCAUUAAAUCCCUGAUGGGGAUGCACCAACAGCCUUAUUUUUCACUGCUUCCUGUAUACCUACAGUACAGUAGGUUCUAAAUACUCUAACUAGUAUUGAGAAGAAAAUUGUUCUAAUCUUGAUGUACAAACAUUUAGAUGGUAGUAAUGAACUUGCUGAGAUAUGGUUGGGCGCCCCCGGCUCCUCCUGAUGAGCCAGAUGUGUAUACUCUUUUCUCUUACAGCAAGUGUUCGGAGCUGUGCAUUCUUAAGUUGUCUGGCCUACAGUAUUUUGGCCUUGGCGCAUCCCUGUCACCAUCCUUUUAAAGUCAAGGUAUAGUUAAUUUACUCAUUUACUGUACAUUGUUAACCAAAGUCAUAUUAAUAUAAAGCACUCACCUUGUUUUGUCACAAGUCCUUCAGUGUUUUUCUGGAUUUCUUUAAAAA